GAUCGGCCGACGCGAAAUACUGUGCGUCGCGACGCCUCCGAGACGUUACAGGUGGUCCAGCCGCCCGUUUUACUUUUAGUAGUUUGCUCACACUUAAUGAGAAUUUGCCCUAAUCACCAGCUCCUAGCUGUUGUUGAACCGACGAUUUGUGAUACUUUUACCAGGAGAAGAAUCAGAAGUUUUAUCUAGCUAUGGACUAAGAGCUGUUUCCAACAGGAGUUUAAGAUGUUCCAAAACACCCUCCAAUUCGUGACCCAUCGAACCAAGAUGCUGAAAAGCCUCAACAACAAUCAAAACCCAUUCUCCAUGGACAAUCUGCUGUCCAAUGGAAAAAUCACCCCCGAAAUGGACCUGGAGUGCGAGUCGAAUCGCGCUGAAGACUUAACCGACUCAGACUACAAACGGAACAGCUACAGCCCCAAUUCCCCCAAACAGGAAGACGAGCUCAGCGACCACGUUGAGGAGAGACUUUCGCCCGCUGAACGCGCUCACAAUGAGUUUCUGAGCCGGUUUCACUGUAUACGGAACAGAAUUUGUUCGAACUGUGGCAGAUUGGACUGUAACUAUUUGCAGUGCCGACUUAAUAGUGAGACGUUAAUGAAGGACAGCAAGCCGGUUUUGAAAUUCAGUGUUAGUGCAAUAUUGGGGGACAAAAAAAGAGACGGCCAAAGAAAUGAGAAUCUCAUACAUGUAACUCACCCGAGCCUUUUGGGCUUACAGUCGUACUUAGGAAAUGGAGGUGGUGCAGGCCACUCACCCUCCAUAGCAAAACCAGUGGCGAGCAGACCUCCCCAGUUCAACCCUCAUCUGCUUUUAGCUCAUUGUAGACCUCAACCCUAUCUCACAGAUCAUACAUUUAUAGUGUCAACUCCUGUUUCUGGUACUCAAUCGGCAGUUUUUCCGCUACCGGGUACAUUUCCAUGGGCACACAGUGGACGAGGAAAACCCAGGAGAGGCAUGAUGCGAAGAGCCGUCUUUAGCGACUUGCAACGAAAGGGACUGGAAAGGAGAUUCCAAAUCCAGAAAUACAUUAGCAAACCCGACAGGAAAAAACUAGCCGAAAAACUGGGCCUAAAAGAUAGUCAGGUGAAGAUCUGGUUUCAAAAUAGGAGAAUGAAGUGGCGGAAUUCCAAAGAGAGGGAGCUUCUGGCAGCGGGGGGGUCACGGGAGCAAACUCUGCCCAACAAGAAUAAUCCCCAUCCUGAUUUAAGCGACGCCGAUGGGGACAGACCGAAGUUGGACUUAUCAGAUGUGCAGGACAUUUCUCCGGCUAAUUCUCCUGAAGACCGUCAAUUGGGCAACCAGGAGCUCAGCACACCAGAAUCGAGUCAUCCUCACCUCCUUCCCCAAGGAUACCAAAGCUCUACCUAUGAUGGAAUGGACUACGAGAGCUCAAAUGAUAGCGACGAAGAGAUCAACGUUACGUGA